AUGUCUCGCCGAAGAUACACACCCAUUGAGACAGAUAUAUUUAUGAAAUCUUUCCAUCGUGCUCUAUUGGGCCUAGCAUUACUUCUCAUAUUCAAACCUAUUCGAUGGCCACUGUACUUCGAUCCUUGGUGGAAAGAAGCAUAUACCAAUGUCCAUGCAUUCAUUGACAAACGUGUAUCAUCAGCCUUGGAGAAACAGCGAAACCUGAAAAAAGAAACGGGGCCCAAAAGAUAUGUCCUCCUGGAAAAAAUGACCAAGAUAACACAAGAUCCGUAUGAUCUCCGCAUGCAUAUCAUUAACGUAUAUUUUCCGGCUCGAGAUACAGCUGCUAUUGUUUUUGCUGAUGUUAUAUUCGAACUUGCUCGUCACCCCGGGGAAUGGAAGAAAUUGAAGAUGGAGGUUGGUAGUAUCGAUCCGAGCCAGGCAUUGACGUUUGAGUUUCUUCGCUCGUUGAGAGUAACUAAGGCUAUAAUUAACGAGUCCUUACGCUUACAUCCAGGUGCCUCGAGACUUGGUAAAAUAUCUCUAAAAGAUACAAUCCUACCAAAAGGUGGUGGAGAAGAUGACCCAGCAAUAUGGGGAGCCGAUGCAGAUGAAUUUAAGCCAGAUCGAUGGUUAGAUGUAAACCGGCCGCUCUGGGAAGCGAAAUGGCAAUACGAGCCAUUUUUAGGAGGCAUCAGAAUGUGCCCUGCCCAGAACCAGAUUCUGAUUCAAUUGUCAUAUCUUUUAGUUAGGCUUGCACAGCAAAUCGAAUUCAUCGAGAAUAGGGACGAGGUUUUUGAAUACCUUGAACGCGUUACCAUGACCGUGGAAAGUAAGAAUGGGACCAAAAUUGCUGUCAGAUAUGUUGAUUGA